GUCCAUACCGAAAGAAAUUGGAAUGAUGAGUUCCCUUACAGAGCUUUAUUUGUCCAAUAAUAGUAUUACCGGUAAAAUCCCUGUUCUAUUGGAAACUCAACCAACUUGUCUUUUCUUGAACUUUUCGACAAUAAAAAUCGGGGUCCAUGCCUAAAGAAAUUGGGAUGCUAGGUUCUCUUACAGAGCUUUGUUUGAACAACAAUAAUCUUACCGGUGAAAUUCCCGCUUCUAUUGGAAACUUGACGGGCUGGUUGUCUUUUCUUAUACAAAAACAAGUUUUCUGGUUCUGUGCCUCAACAAAUUGGAAUGUUGAAGUCCUUGAAUAAACUUGAUCUCUCUGAUAAUAAUUUGGCUCCAUACCAAAAGAAAUUGGAAUGCUAAGUUCCGUUGAAGUGCUUCAUCUGUACAAUAAUAGUUUUACUGGUGAAAUCCCUGCUUCAAUAGGAAACUUGACCAAAGUAUUUUAUCUUUAUCUUGGCGGUAAUAACAUUCAUGGUUCAAUUCCGCAAGAGGUCGGAGAAGAAUGAGAUCUCUCACUGACCUUUACUUGUCAGAAGCAAAUCUCUCGGGUUUAAUCCCUGCUUCUAUAGGAAACUUGAAAAAUCUGAUAUAUCUUCACCUUUUCUCCAAUGCGCUGUCAGGAUUUAUUCCUUCCAGUAUCGGAAACUUGACCAAUCUCAUUGAAUUGGUACUGGAUCGCAAUAAAUUAGCGGGCUCAAUUCCUCGGGAACUUGGUAAGCUCCAGUCCCUUGGUGACUUAAGGUUGUUCAGCAACAGUCUCAGUGGUUUCAUUCCGGCAGAGAUGAACAAUCUUACAAGUUUGAAACAUUUUGAAUUAUCUGAUAACUACUUGAUUGGCCAUUUACCACAACAGGUGUGCCUUGGCGGAGUACUUGAACAUUUUAAAGCAGAAAACAACUAUCUCACGGGUCCAAUCCCCAAGACCUUGAAGAACUGUACUAGCUUAUAUAGAGUUCGGCUUGAACGCAAUCAACUUACUGGGAAUGUAUCUGAAGAUUUAGGUAUAUAUCCGAACCUAAACUAUCUUGAUCUGAGUGAUAAUAAAUUGACUGGUGAGAUAUCAUCAAAAUGGGGUCAGUGCCACAAGCUAACAAGCCUAAGGAUCUCGAACAAUAAUAUCACCGGUGAGAUCCCUCAGAACUUGGAAAGGCAACUCAGCUACAAUCAUGUGACCUCUCUUCAAAUCAUCUAACUGGGGGCAUUCCAAAGGAACUGGAGAGCUAAAAUUGUUGUUCAACCUUGUGUUGAAUGAUAAUCAUCUUUCAGGCAGUAUUCCUCCACAAAUCGGAUUGCUAUCUGGUCUUGUUAGUCUUAACUUGGCAGCAAACAAGUUAAUGGAUCCAUUCCUAAAAGUUUGAGUCAGUGUGAGAAACUUUUGGAACUGAAUUUGAGUGUCAACAGAUUGAGUGGAGGAAUUCCGUUUGAGGUUGGCGGUUUAUCUUUUCUUCAAGUUCUUGAUAUCAGUCAUAAUUUGCUGACAAGUAAAAUACCGGAGCAAGUUGGGAACUUUAAAUCUUUAGAAAAGCUGAACAUAUCUAACAAUAUGCUCUUCGGUUUUAUUCCCUCAACUUUUCAUGAUAUGUUGAGCUUAACAUCUGUUGAUGUAUCCUGCAAUCAGUUGGAGGGUCCUCUUCCAGACAACAAGGCCUUUCGAGAGGCUUCAUUUCUGUUCAGAAACAACA